AAAAAAAAAGGAAACACGACGAUGUUCAUUUCUAUUUCCAGAAAAAAAAAUGAAAUCUCAUCAGCGCGUGAACAACCCUUUGGAAAAUCCAGAACGAUGCUAAAACGAGACCACCGAUAGGCAAUUGGGCAUUCGGGGUUGGGUACCGGUUCAGUACUUUCGGAUAAUUCUGCCACGUCACCGUCGUUUCCCUCAACAUUUAUUUCCCUUUCCAUUGAUCCAAUCUGCCUCGAAUCAUUUUAGGGAGCUUUCAGUCUCAUCCAUCGUCGAUUUUCACUAAAUCAAAAAGCUUCUUCUUCUUCUUCAGUGACUCUCUUUUGUUUGAGUUGAUGUGGCAAAAAGAAGAAAACCAAAAAUGGUUCGUUUCUCCUUGUGUUUAUUCUUUCUCCUUCUUUUGCUAUCGGCUGGAGAAAUUUCAUCGCAGUUGGGUUCUGGUCCACGUAUCCUUGAUCUUAAAACACUAAUACCUCCGAAGAUGAAGAAUCCAGUUGGCUUUAAAUGGUCAUGGGAUCAUCAUGAUAGUCAUCGCGCGUGUGUGAAAUCGAUUGCCUCGUAUAGUGGGAGAAAGGAGACUGCAUUUUAUGCCACUGAUAUACAGACCAGGAUCAUGAUCUGCUGCACGGUGUUCUUUGGCAUCUUCUCACGGAUCAAGCUUGAUCUUAAUGGACUUUCCAUGCUUAGAGUCCGCGCUUUUGAUAAUGAAGAGAACGAGUUCCGCUCUCUGGUGGGUCUACAACUCAUCUGGAAGCUGAUGCCUGGUAGUGGAGGAUCAACACAGCACCUUGCUCAUGUUCCUUUGAAGGAAUCUCCGUUGACUGACUGUGGAGGAUUCUGUGCCCACUUGGAUAUCCAGAAAAAGCUUGAAGACGGUGGGGUAUUUUCAGAUUUGUUUGUGGUGAAGGGAACCGGAAUUGGACAUGAGAAGGUUUCUGUUCAUCUGCUUGAUGCUCCUCUUACCCAUAUAACCGAUGAAAUAGUAGUUGCCGUAGCAGAGGUCAUGUCUCUUGAACUAUUUUCAGCAGUCUACGUCCUUGUGGGAGCUUCUUUUGGCUACACUCUAAAUGUCAUCCGUGGGAAUGUUCCUCAAGCCGUGCAUCUACCGUCAUUACAUCACAGAUGGUCUGUGUUAAACUCCUCUGUAGCUCAAGUGGGUUCUUUGAUAGAUCUGACUAAAGCAUUAAGCUUGUGGAAAACAACAGUUAUUCUUGAGGACACCAGGGUCGCUGGCCACUUUCAAACACCAUCUAUCAAUGUUGUCACUCCAGAUACCUUCAUCUUACAGUUGGUUUCCGCACUACGAGUCAUACCAGAGUUCAACCUGGUCUUUUCCAAUCCUAACACGAAGGUUUCAGUUGGGGCUUAUAUCUGUCCUCAAAACCCGGUCAUUCACACUGGAACUUUGUUAAAUUUCAGCAUAGUAGGGGUGGAUCAUCAAGUAUCUGGUAAACGGGUUACGUCAAACAGAAGUAACCUAUCCGUCAAUGUGGCAUUGACAUCUGGCCAAGCUAAAACGAUCAGCCAAGGCUCAGCUCACGGUCAUCGUUUAAAAAUGCAAACAAAACUCACACUGCUACUUGGAAACACCAUAUUUGUUGGCUCUCCGAGAGAAACGAUAACAAAUGUCCACGCACCUGCAGAAGGAUAUGACUUUCCAGUGAAAUUCAGGGAGAACAGGUUUGUAGUCUCUGAAAAUGGAAACAAAGCCACUUUUAACUGCCAAGUAGACCCUUCGUUUAUAGGAUACGCAAAGCCAUGGACGGAUAUUGAUAGUGGGAGCACUUUUUGCCUUUUCUUCCCAUACUCACCAAAGUAUCUGGUUCACUCCAUGUCUAUAGCAGAAUACAUGAAACCCUAUGUGUCUUUCUCCGUUAUUGCUUCACUCAAUGAAGCGCAUCAAGUUUCGGGAUCUGCAUCUGCACUUCUCAUUGGAGGGUUUUCUGUAAAAGGACCAAGCAAGCUAUAUAUAAACCCGGAUUCAAACACAAACAUCAUUUUAAUACUGGGGAACACUGAUGUUCAAAUUGACUGGGACAACAAAGGUAAGUUAUCGAUCAGCUUGAUCAAAAGAGAAGAUUAUGGUAUCGCAGGGUAUGCUAUGUACAAGGUGAAUGUGUUAACAUCAAAGCAAUUCACAGAAAGAAUCUGCAUCACUCUCCCUGCUACUGACCAAAGCAAAGAAAUUGUUGUCUCCUUUGACACAGGCGAAACCUUAGUAGCUUCAUCUAAAGAUCGGUACUCUGAUUUGUUUGAGAUACUAUGGGUUGUUUUGGGGUCGAGUCUUUACGUGAUCAUCUUAAUUAAAGUGAUAAAGAAACUACGUCCAAAUGAUCCAACAAAAGCUUCAAGAACUGCGACAAACGAUGGAGCUACAGCAGCAGGAACACCAUAUAGAAGAGGUGGUGUGGUUACAUAUCAUGUAGAAUCUCCAAAGCUUAAUUUAAUGGGUAUGCGUGUAAAAUAGUUGAUAAAACUUCUUAGAGAAGUAAGAUGAUGAUGAUGAUUUUGUUGUCAGUUGGGAACUUUGGUCAUUAGAGAUUAGAACAUCGAUCUUUUUUUUUUUUUUGUAAACAACCAAACCCAAGGCAAUCAAUGUUUAUAUCAUUUGUGCAUUGUCGUCAAAGGACAAAGGAACAAAGGAUCUGUAAUUGGUCUGACUAUUCGAUGUAAUGUGAUUUUGACGAAUAUCAAAACC